GGGAACAGUGAGUUAGGUUUAACAUCGAGGAUCGAAGAGUUGAAGAGCCAGUUGAGAAAUUUGGAAGAAGAAAUUGGUUUCCUUCGCGCAAGAAACGCGGAAUUGGCUAAAAAGUAUGAAGUUAAGAGAGUAGAGGAUGAAGAGCGAGUUAAGGGACUGGUGGAUCAGGUAAAUGGUAUGAAACGUGAGCUUGAAUCAUCCCGGAGGCAGAAAGAUGGAUCUGAAGCAAAGUUGGAGAAAAAAGUUGAAGAAGUUACAGAGACAGAGAUGCAACUGAAGAGUCUGAAAGAAGAAACAGAGGAGGAGAGGAACAGACUGAAUGAAGAGAUUGAGUAUCUUAAAGGAGAAAAUGAGAAGCUGCAUACAAGAAUCGCAGAGCUGGAUUCAUUGAACAUG